AUGGCUGCCUCAAAGGAGCUGGAUGUCGAGAAUAAGGGGCUGGAUGUCGAGAACAAGGAGAUGGAUGUCGAGAAUCAGGCGCCGGCCACCGAGGCCUCUCCAGGCACGGUGCUCCCAGCUUAUGAUGGGACAGCCCUGGGGCAAACCAACACGCUCAGGCGGAGCCUCCAGGGUCGCCAUAUGCAGAUGAUUGCCAUCGGUGGUGCUAUCGGUGCUGGUCUGUUUGUCGGCACUGGAGGUGCUCUCCAUUCGGGAGGACCGGGCGCCUUGCUCAUCUGCUACUUGAUUGUCGGAGGGAUGCUUCUCGUGACCAUCCAGGCCCUGGGAGAACUGGCAGUGCUCUAUCCCGAGAACGGAGCUUUCUUCACGUAUUGUGUCCGCUUCAUUAGUCCAGCAUGCGACUGGAAGUACAACAGGGGAUUUUCCGUCGGUUGGGACUAUGCCCUGAGCUGGCUCACCGUCUUACCCUUUGAGCUUACAGCUGCGAGUAUCACGAUCAAGUACUGGAAUGACACCUUGAAUGUUGGUAUAUUUAUCACGAUUUUCCUGGUUGCUUUGUGUGUCGUCCAAAUUUUUGGUGUCCGUGGCUAUGGCGAAGUCGAAUUUGUCCUUAGCGUGAUCAAAGUGACUGCGCUUAUUGGGUUCAUCAUCCUUGGCAUCGUGAUUGACUGCGGUGGUGCGCCCAACGGCGGAUACAUUGGAGCUCAUUACUGGCAUGACCCCGGUGCCUUCACCACCUUCGAGGGCUUCUGCUCCGUCUUCGUCACCUGUGCCUUUGCCUUUGCCGGCACGGAGCUGAGUGGUCUGGCAGCUGCGGAGGCAGCGAAUCCCGCAAAGACUAUCCCCAAGGCGACCAAGCAGGUAUUCUGGCGCAUCAUGAUUUUUUAUGUCCUGGGAACCUUCAUCGUCGGCCUGAUUGUUCCUAGCAGCGCCGAUUAUCUAUUGGGUUCCUCGGGUGCCAACACUAAAGCCUCACCUUUUGUGGUCUCGAUCCAGCAAGCAGGUAUCAAGGGUCUACCUUCCGUUAUGAACGCCGUCAUCACCAUCGCUGUGCUGAGUGUGGCUAACUCGGCCACCUACGGAUCCAGCCGUACUAUCCAGGCUCUGGCUGAACACAAGAUGGCCCCCAAGUUCCUCGCGUACAUUGACAAGCAUGGCCGCCCACUGUACUGCAUUCUCCUGCAGAUUGCGUUUGCCUUCCUGGCCUUUAUCAAUGAGGCCAAGCAGGGUGAGACCAUUUUCACUUGGCUGUUGGCUCUGUCCGGCAUUUCAAACUUCUUCGUUUGGGGCAGUAUCUGUCUCGCGCAUAUCCGUUUCCGUCAGGCAUGGAAAUACCACGGACGGGACAUCAAGGAGCUGGCCUUCGUGGCGCCCUUCGGCGUCAUCGGCAGCUGCAUUGGCUUCGGGCUCGUGGUACUGUGCCUGAUAGCUGCGUUCUACACCGCAGUGGCACCGCUGAGCGCUAUGACCUUCUUCGAGAACUAUCUCGCUGCUCCGAUUGUUUUGGCCCUCAUGGCUGGCUGGGGCAUAUAUGGCAAGUUUAACAAGGAUCCCGAGCUGAAACGCGGUGUCUGGUUCACUCGCAUCCAGGAUAUGGAUGUCUUGAGCAACAUUCGCGACACCGCGCUGGACUCCGAUCUGGCGCCCAGGAAGGAAUAUGCCACCUGGGGAGAGUGGUUCAAGGCUGCGCCCAUGAGAAUCUUGCGGUCGUUGAUCUGA